AUGCCUGACGAGCAGAAGACAAAGUCGGAUUGCGAUAGCGAGGAAAAGGCCGCUUCCUCGCCGGCUCAGCCAGACCAUCUGCUCGAGCCUAGCUCUCAGUCGCAGAAGCGGCGCAAGAAGCCCAAGAAGUCGAAGAAUGUCCCGCAGCAACAAGAGCAACAGGGCGCCUGGCAAUCACAGCAGGAGACCUCUCCAUCCACGCCGGUACCGCCGCAAACGUUGACAAUCUGUAGGAAUAAACAUUGGCGUUUCAUCUCGGCAUACCAUGGACACUGGCUUCAGCUCCCUCUCGAGGUUCUUGAGUCGAUUGCCCACCUGAACUACAAUCACCCGUCGCCCCGGAUUAUUGAGCCGGGGAUCUUCUUCGACAUUGCCAAAAUCCGUCGUCUGGUCGAUGAAGCCAGCGCGCUGGCUGUCCGCGCCAAGAAUGGCGAGGCCUCGGACCCCUUAGCGCCUAGUGCAGGCUUUCGCCCGAGAGUCAUGAGCGCAGAGCGUCGCCAGCGCAUCCGGGAGCAGGCUGUGCAAAAGCUGGCGAAGGCAUUCGCUCUUGAUGAGAUUGCAUGCUGCGUCGCGACGAUGCAGGCCUCGUCGUGCGUCGACGAAGUUGCUGAGCUGGUGCUUCAGCGCAACCCUCAUCAUCUGGAUGCCAAGUAUGUCCAAUUUUUUCAGGAGAAGAUACCAAGCCGACAAGUGGCCGAAUACACAUCUCUCGGCCCGUUACACGAAAUAAUUUGUCUGAGGCCAAGGGACCCUGAGCCUCUGCGGACGCGUGGUAUCGUCCGAAUUCUUAAGAAAGAUUAUCGUGGCGCUGUGGACGAUUUUACCGAGGCCCUCCGCUUGUAUCGUCGUUACCGAGUCCCUCAUGAGCCUCCUCCGAAGCCGCGUGCUCAGGAAGUGCGGGUGGAUCAACGGUCAAAGGGUGUUAAGUUGAAGGAAGACGACCAACCAAACAGUCUCGAGCUACAACUGCACUUCCAGCGAUCUGUCGCAUAUCUUCUGAUGGCCACUGAUCUGGCGGCAGAGGCAUUGCCUUCUGCAUUCCCCGAUCCCGACUACACUCUCACCAGCCAUGAUACAGUCUCCAACAAUAGUGGUGCUGAUGAAGAAGCUCAGAAAGGGUUAGCCGAGGUUGGUAGGGUAGUCAGGCACAAUGCGAAGCGCGCGUUGCGUGAUCUGUUGGCAAUCCUUUCCCAGAUCGAAUAUUCCCCCGACUUUCCCAUAGAGAUCGAAGAGGACUUCCUGCGCAGGGUGACAGCUCUGAGACAUGGUAUCAGGGUCCCGCGUUCAUCCAGCCAUCGAAGCGAAGACACUGCCGACACUUACCACGUGUAUCCCGUCUCUGAUCUCUUCAGCGCCUCUCCUCCUACCGAUUUACCGCAAUUUCACUCCAGCAUCGAUCCAUUGAAGCAUCCUUUUGCACCUAAAAAGGGAAUUGAGACUCUAAGCUGCCAUCCCGUUCUCACCGAAGUCCUUCACUCUGUCCUGUUGUGUCAUUGUCUGCUGCAAACUCCUCCGCAAGAGCUGCUUCGGCAUGCCCUUAUGGUCGCUCGUCUUACUCGCCUAGCCGAUGGUUUUCCGAUCCUACAAGCUAGUAGAUCCAGGGCUCGGACGGACUGGGUUGAUGUAUUGCGAGUCGCGGGCAACUGGAUCGAGCUGCCUUGUGAAUGGGAUGAUCUUUGUACCCCGAAGUGCUGCAGGCUCCUCCAGGACGAUUCUGAACCUUCUCAUCCAGCUUCUGCUGAUGCGUCUUUGUCGCACAUCCCGGGCACUGGUCAACCCGAGCAUAAUACAAACGAGACUGAAGCAGUCCAGCAGCAGCAGCAGAAAAUUGAAGGUGUUGAGCAAAUUCCUAAAGAGCAAUCGGUCACUCAAGGCUUGCAGAGUUUGGAUAUCGGCGAGCGCCGACUUCAUUCUGAGCACCAUCCCCUUCCUGAUCAUCCGAACACGAGUACCGAAUCGACAUAUGACUCUGAGCAUCCUACUUCAGCUACUUCGGCAGCUAACUUGACCUCGAAUGGUGCAGCUAACAACGGAGAAGCCCAGGACACGAUCAAUUCCGGUCAGGUUGAAGGUCACAUGGAUAAAGGUCCCAGGCCCAAGCCAAUAGUUUCAAGUGGAACUGUUGCUGAUGCUGUCUCGCAUCCAAAGGUUGUGCCCUCCCACAAGUCAGCGCACAACACAACCUGUCCCGCUGGUCACAGUUCGCCAUCUCUCUUUGUACCGGAUGCCUUCAGUCUCUCGGAGCGCGCCGCAGUUAUUGCCCGUUGGGUCUUGGAGGGUCCCAACCCAGCGGCAGCUGAUGGUGACGCCGAGAAUGGAGAAGGCGGUGAAGGACCCAAGAUGGGCAAAAAGAAGGUGACGAAGCGCCGGAAAGGCGUGCGCUCGUCCGAGACAGGGGCGAGUGCCGCGGGCCAUGAAGGCCAUGAAAGUGAACAUCACCAAUACGAGGGCGGUCAUGCAGGACCGGCCCAUCAUUGA